AUGGCCAUCAACACAACUACCGUCACCAAAUCCAUGGCUGCAGCCUUCUUCACAAUCAUCGCAAUGGCUGCGUUGGCAUCUGCAGCUACCACCGGUGUGGUUCAGCCUCCUGAAUCAGACCACUUGGUUAACCGAUGUAUGGCUAAGGUAUCUUCAAGGUGCGCGAUGUACGUCACGGCCGAAAUGUAUAACCAUCUCCAUGGUCCGUUGAAACAAAACGGAUGUUGUCUAGAAGUUUAUCACAUGGGACGUGUUUGCCUUCACAUCGUGACAAGGCAUGUAAUCGAGACACUUAUGCCCAAGCUUGAAGGUGUUGAGAAACAAGACUCUCUCGAGAAAAGCACACAAAUAUGGUAUCUUUGUGUUUCGGUUUAG